AUGUCUUUUUCGUGCUGCCGACGCGUCGCCAGCGUCGACGAGGACGCGGUGUCGACCGCGAACGACGCGAGGGAUGUUCUCGCGCGAGCGUGCUUGGACGCCGUGCGCGAGGCGUUGAUGCGAACGAUGGAGAUGGAACGCGCGAUGCGAAUUGGAUUUCUGCGAGCGGUUCGCGCGCGACGGUUCAACGGCGAGCGCGUCGUCGAUGGACGCACGGCGCGGGUGCGAGUGCGGAUGCGAGACGGUCGAUGGACGUUGGUUCGAUGUGGGUCGAGCGCCGCGGGUGGGGGGGAUUGGGGCGAGGCGAGAGGGGCGUUCGAGGACGCGCUCGAGCGGGCGGUGGAGGCGAUCGACGCGAGACACGAGGCGUUGCGACGCGCGAUGGAGGUCGCAAAGGGAUGA